AUGAUUCAGCAGACGGUGCUUGAACAACUGUCUACCGUGUUCCGCAUUCGUGAUCUUGGGAAGCCAAGAUUCUUUUUGGGGAUUGAAGCUGUUGACGCAGCAGGGACAAUAGUCCUUUCCCAGAAACGGUAUAUAACUGAGCUGCUCCGUAGAGCAGGUAUGGAAUCAUGCAAGCCGUUAGCAACACCUGCCUCACCGUCCACACAAGCUGCGUCGCAUGACUCUGACGCUUUCGAAGAUCCGACCCCUUAUCGUCAGCUGGUUGGGUCACUAAUGUACUUACUGAUAACACGGCCCGACCUAGCCUACUCAGUCAACAGGCUCUGUCAGUUUAUGCAUAACCCAGCUCAGGGCUACUGGGGUGCACUCAAGCGAGUGUUUCGCUAUGUCAAAGGGUCGCUAGACAUUGGGCUACGUAUCACUCCAUCCGUAGUGCCGGUUCUACAUGCCUUUUCUGACUCCGACUGGGUCGGAUGCUCUGUGGAUCAAAAGUCCACAGGAGGCUAUGCUGUGUUCUUGGGACCCAAUCUUCUCUCCUGGGUGUCUAGGAAACAACGCACGGUUGCACGCUCGUCUACGGAAGCAGAAUACAAAGCCCUCGCAAACGUUGCAGCUGAGGUAACAUGGAUCCAGUCCCUUCUCCGCGAUCUAGGCCUGCUCCUAGCAGCUGUACCUGUCUUAUGGUGUGACAAUCUCGGGGCUACAUACCUCUGCUCCAACCCGAUUUUUCAUGCCAGAACCAAACACGUGGAGCUGGACUAUCACUUUCUCCGGGACAAGGUCUCAACAGGUGCCUUGAAGGUUAAGUUCGUCUCCACUCACGACCAGCUGGCUAAUAUCUUCACCAAACCGCUAUCUGCUGCUAGGUUUGCUGAGCUACGUCACAAGCUUGGCGUUGUGCCCUCCCCCCGCCAGCUUGAGGGGGAGUAUUAG